AUAAGUCUUCCUGGUUUCAUGAUAUAGUAGUCUGCCUUCCCCUUUAAAUGUAUUUUGGACCAGUGCAAAAGUUGUGGUCAUAGGAUCAAAAUAACUAACGCGAUUUUUCGAGGAAGACUCAGUUAGGAGGGAAUCCUUUUAAUUUCACAGCGUUUCAGCGCAUCAGGAACUGGAAAUGACAAGCCUCGACUCUGUUGUUGGUUAAAACACAGCUGUGUUGGAGCUACAUAAGCGUAAAACAUCACCCUACAGAUAUAUUAGCAGGAUAUAAGCUGUUGAGCUGCUCUGACUCGUCUGCCGGUGUGAAAGCAGGAUAACCGGCUGUGGAAUGGCUUUGCUGACCUUGCACAGAACGCCAUCUAUUUCCACGACACCGGAUGAGCCUAUUCCAAGAAGAGGACGACUUCAGAAAAGAGAAAGUUUCGCCCUGGUUAAGGGGGCAGUGCUCCUGGUGGAAGAGGAAGAGAGGGUGGGAUUACAUGAAGAAACCAUACCCUCUCUGCCAGGUCCUAGGCAAGGAGGCCGACCCUCUGACACUCAGCGCAGACAUUUGCAUGCAAUGAUUUCUUUACUGCGACCGGAGGACACCGUCAAACUGGCUGUGCGUUUGGAGUCUGUGAGCCCAGUCAGAGUCAGAUAUUUGCUUAUAGUCAGCACGCUUAACGAAAAACAUGAGAGUCUGCUACUUGGCAUGGACUUCCCAGGCUCAAACAGUGAUGAGUGUACUAUUGGACUAGUCUUGCCGGUAUGGAGUGACACACAGGUUUACCUAGAUGGAGAUGGAGGUUUCAGUGUGACAUCUGCAGAAGUGACACGAAUCUUUAAGCCUGUGUCCAUUCAGACGAUGUGGUCAGUGCUGCAGGCGCUGCAUGGCUGCUGUGAACGGGCUGUACGUGGGGCUGUCAUACCUGGUUGUGGGCUGGAGUGGGCACAACAUUACAGAGAGAAUGUGGAAUCUGACCAGCACUGCCUUAAUGAAUGGGCGGCCAUGACUGGUCUGGAGUCAGUCAGAAAAUACACCGCAGGACGUUCAUCCUCGAAUCGGGAGUCAGUGGAGAGGGAGAUCAAAGCCCAGCUACGAGACAUCAUGACGACUGAGGACUUGGAAAACAUUACCUCAAAACAGGUGCGAACAUCCCUGGAGACCAGAAUAGGCAUAGACAUGAAGGACUACAAGGAGUAUAUUGACAAUGAGAUGAUGGUCACAAUGGCACAGAUGGACAAACCUUCCAGAAUCUUGGACUACCUUUUCUUGGGUUCCGAAUGGAAUGCUGCCAACUUUGAAGAACUACAGAAGAACAAUGUGGGCUACAUCCUGAAUGUUACGAUGGAGAUUGACAACUUUUUCCCAGAAUCCUUCACCUACAUGAAUAUUAGAGUGUACGACGUGGAGGCGACCGACCUACUCUCACACUGGAACAACACGUACAUGUUCAUCAGUGAAGCAAGGAAGAGUGGACAGGCCAUACUGGUGCAUUGUAAGAUGGGCGUCUCUCGCUCUGCCUCCACAGUAAUUGCUUACCUGAUGAAGCAGCAGGGCUGGACGUUAGACCAUGCCCUCAACCACGUGAGAGAAAGACGGCCUAUAGUGCAGCCCAAUGAAGGUUUCCUCAAACAACUGCAUACGUACAGCGGCAUUCUCAGUGCCAGUAAACAGCGCCACAGUGCCCUCUGGAGGAGGAAGUCCAAGCCAGAAGUCCGUCAGCCAUCUGUCCACAACGAAUCAGCUACAGGGAGUGAACAAGAACAGAAAGAAGAAGAGGAAGACUCAGAGAGCCCAGGAGAGGGAAGCAGUAAUGAGGAUGAGGAAACCGAUGUUUUUGAUGAACGGUUGGAUGAGAGCUUUCCCGACACAUCUGGGGCAGAUAUAGCCACAUCCAACCCACUUAUUACUGUACAAGAAAGUGAUAAGGUGUCAUCUAGCCCCAGCAGAAGUGGCAGGAUGGAUUUGUUUUCUCUUAUGCAGUCUAUUCAGCUUGACGACGAGGACAGAGGGAUGGAUAAAGAGAUCAGUCAGAGACUUUCUCCUGCGCAACGGAGGCGGAGUCACGGAAGAAGAGGCUUGACUCAUCAGAGAGCGCAUGUUGAUGUUUCUCCUGAACCAAGCAGCAGACAGUCACAGAACCCAAACCAGGAUGGAGCUGGUCUCUGAAGCACUUUAAAAAAACGGGCCGUGUUAAGAAAUGCGUGAAAAGGUGAGGAGCAAGAACACAGGUAGUGAUGAUAAUAUAAAGGACACUCUUGCACAAGUCUUAUCCUUCUGAUUGUAUCAUUCCAAGUUCAUUGCAGAAUGAGGGAAUUUAUUCAUAUAGAUGCUGUAUCAAUACUCAUUUAGGUGAUUUCAUUAUAUUAAAUAUUUAGCACAAGGUUACCUAUAAAUGGAGAUUUUACUAAUUUUCCCCUCACCUAUCCAUCUAGCCCAAAACUCAAAAACUGUGAUAAGUUUCAGGUGGAUUGUUUAAUAAAAAAUUAAAAUGGCUGGUUUCUUUCAGCCACCCCUUGUCAAGUACUGAUAAAGAAACCGUUUUCCUGAGAGCAUUAUCAUUCAAAAUGUCACGUUGUGCCUUUUGAAAUCUCUGUAUGCUUUGCACCGUCAUACUGAGCCAUAAAAUUACAUUCACAGAUUUUAAUAUGGUAUUAUAGUGCGAGUGGAGUAUUCCUCUAUCUCUCAUGUCAUUAUACAUAAACAUGAUGAUUCCUCUCUAUAGCAUUGUUUCAUGUCGUUCCUAAUAAAUAAGAGUGUGAUUCACUCAUUUUAGGAGUCCUAUGCAAUAAUCUACUUUAUAGCUGUUUUCUCUCCAUGAAUGUGAAGCUUUAUGCUGCCUCAGUGAAGAUCAGUAGGUGAAAAAGUGUAGAGAAAGCAAUCAAGGAUUUCAACUUUUUAUUAUUUCAUGUAUACUAACAUUAAAAACUUUGGGGUCAGUAAGAAAUGAGUGCUUUUUAUUCAGCAGGGAUGCAUUAAAGUGAUCAAAAGUGGCAUUUAUAACAUUAAGAAUAUCUAUAGUUUAAAUAAGUGCUGUUUUUAAACUUUCUAUUAUGAAAAAUGUUUUACAGUUACCGUAAACACAACUGUUUGAGUUAUUUUUGAGCACCAAAUCAGAAUGUGACACUAGGAUUAAUAGCUGCUGAAAAUUCAGCUUUGAUUCUAGCAAAAAUAUGUUUUUAAGCAAAUAAAUGCAGCCUUGCUGACCAUUCAA